GUGAUAGAUUCAUAGAGGACAAUUAGUAUUAAAAUCAAAAUGGCUGCUGCCAUUAGAUUGUUGGGAGGUGUAAUGCGUGCUAAAAACUUUAUUGAAAGACCUUUAACUCGACAUUUAAGACUACGUGGGAAACCCCCUGGUAUCGCUAGAACAUUAGAACAAAGACUUGCUGAAUUAAAUGCUAAGGAUCCUGAGUUGGAUAAGCAAAUAAAUAUAGGAUUUUAUCGACCAAUUUCUCCACGUAGAAAACAAAUAAAAGAAAGGCUAGCUAUACGAAAACAAUUAAAAGAAGAUGUGGUAUUAGCUGAACAAGCAAGGACAAGAACUCUUAGAAUUUCAUUAGAAGAAGUUAAAGAGGAAUGGAAAAAUACAGUAGGGCCUCACCAUGUUAGAGAGGUAGCAGAACAUUAUGGGAUUUUUCAGGAUUUAUUUGAUCAUGCCUACUUUACACCUUACGUAAUGCUGGACGUGUUUUUUGAUUAUGAUGACAAAUAUGUCACUCCAGUACAUAGAGGAAACAUCAUCUAUCCAUCAGAGGCAGUGAAAGAACCCACAGUAGCAUAUAAUGCUGAGAAAGAUUCUUUGUGGACAUUAGUAUUAACCAAUCCAGAUGGUCAUCUUCUAGAUGGUCAAUCAGAGUAUCUUCAUUGGUUUGUAGGAAACAUAAAAGGAAAUGAUUUAACUACUGGAAAUGUAGUGUUUCAUUACCUACAGCCUUUCCCUCCACGUGGAACUGGAUACCAUCGCUAUGUAUUUAUUUUGUAUAAACAGGAGGGAAAAAUUGAUUAUUCAUUAAAGAAACAACCUUUUCCAUGCCAUAGCCUUAAGGCUAGGACAUUUAAAACCUUCGAUUUCUACAAAGCUCAUCAAGAUCAGUUAACUCCGGCUGGAAUGGCAUUCUUUCAGUCAACUUGGGAUCAAAGCUUGACAGAUUUCUUUCACAAUAUGCUUCAAAUGAGAGAGCCAGUCUAUGAAUAUUGUCACGAAACACGUUACAUCAAACCUCAGGUUAAGUACCCUCAUAGGGAAGCUUUUAAUCUAUACCUUGAUUGUUACCGGGAUCCUAAAGAUAUGCGAAAGGAAGUGCUGCUGAAGAGACUUAAAAUGAUUGAUCCAUUCAAAAAUGAGCUACCUGCCUCUAAGUAUCCUAAUAUUUACAAACUGGAUAAAGAUCUUCCUACUUGGAAAAAGAAAGAAAUAUGGAAAGAGCGAAAUCGAUUUGGAAAGUACAGAGACUUGCGGCCUUUCACCAUAUACCCAGAACCAGAUCUAGAGAGAAUAGAACGUGGAAUGAAAGCUUGGUUUGAAGAAAGUGACUAAAGCUACAGUGACAAAAUAUGUUAAAUUAAUAUGUAAAUAUAUAUGUGUGUGUGUGUGUAUCACUGUAUUAUUUACAGAGUAAAACAUGAAAAAUUAAAGAGAUUCCAAAACUU